UUUUUUGAAGGAAAAAAAAAGAGAGUAGGUGUUCGCAAUAUUGUUAAAUGAUGAUGUUUUACCUGAAUGUUUAAAAUUUUAUUAAGAACAUGCAUUGGUCAUCUAUAUAAACUAAGAAAGGUGCAGUAUUUAUUUGGCUUUGUUGAUUCAUAUAUGAGUUUUGUGCUAUCAUAUAUGAAUCGAUCAAUUUCUUUCUUCUCGUAUCACGAAAAUAGGUUCAUUUCAUAUUCAUGUGUCUGCAGGAGUCUCUAUGACAGUAAUAAUGAAAUGCAAGAGAAUAAAAUAAAAUGCAUCACACACUAUUUUGAGAGGAUAUGCUCUUGUAUGCCUGUGGGUGUUGUCUCCUUUGAGCGUAAAGUACUUCCUUUGGAAAAUAGCUUUCCUUGUGUUUCUUAUCCAAAGGCUAAUUUUUGGAGCACAUCUUCUAUUCCUCUCUGUCGUUUCAAGGUUUACAGGUCUGGCUUGAUAGAAGAUCAAUCUUGUGAAGCUCUUGAAGUGGAUUUUGCUAACAAGUAUCUUGGAGGUGGUGCUCUUCACAGGGGUUGUGUACAGGUUUGCUUUCAUGGAAAAGAUGGACCCUUAUUCUGAUUAUCAAAUUAUUUGGUCAAUUAGAAUUGUUCUUGACUUGUACUACUAGCCUUGUUU